CUGUCCGUAACGUAACCGGUAGUAUCUUGGUUCAGUUGUCCCGGGAAACCUGCCAUGUACAAGUACUUUGUUUAAACACUUUUCUGUGGAGAGGCGCUUAUAUCUGUACAUGUUUGAUCCCUGAGGCGUUGAGCUUAGCUAGACAGAUGACAAGCUAGCCGGCCGCGAGUAUUUAGAUAACAAGUAACUAGCAACUAGCUAGCUUAAGCGGUAAAUUAUCUAGCCGCGGUUGAAGCUUAGCAGGUCGGCGGACGUUAGUUAAAAUCCAACAUGACCCAACAAGCUGCUGCUCUGCAGACCUACAACAAUGAACUUGUCAAGUGUAUUGAAGACCUGUGCUCCAAGCGGGAGGAGCUGAACCGACAGAUCAAGCAGGAGGAAGAGGAGAAGGAACGGCUGCAGCAUGACAUCCGCAUCCUCUCAGAGAAGCUGAGCAGAGUCAACGAGAGCCUGGCACAGAGACUCGCCGCCCGCGCCACUUUCGACCGCACCAUUGCUGAGACCGAGGCUGCAUACACCAAGAUCUUGGAGAGUUCCCAGUCUCUUCUGAGUGUCCUGAAGCAGGAGGCAGGAAACCUCAGUAAAGCCACAGAGCCUCGGAGGAAGGAUCACUAAUGGCAGGGAGAGGUCACUGAACUCUUGUUUUGACCACAACGGCGCACUUGACUCUGCACUUUUAACUGUUUAUACUCCACGCUGGACCAGUUGUGAUUGAUUUAUUGUGAGCUCCUUAUUCUAAUAAAUGUGUUUCUAAUCACU